AUGAACGACGACGAUAAUCGAAAACCAUACCGGCUCGGACGUCGCCCGGGUGAACAAGGUCCGCGUCCUCUGUCGACUAACCAGGACAGAGUCGAAAAAUUGGCUACUGGAAAGACAGGAACAAAGACAGGAACAACAACAAGACAGAUAAUUACAAAUAAAACAACAGCAGCAGUAACAUCAAAUGUCAAAAUUGGUCAACAACAGU